AAGUACAUUUCCAAGGUAAUAUAAACUUAAAUAAACAUAUGCUUUGUAGAGGUAUCGUUGAACGUCUUUGAUCUUAAGCUUUUUUCACAAGGAGUGAGUGUUUGUGUUUUAAAUCUACUUUAACAUAAAUUCGCGACAGGCUUAGAUUCGAACGCAUGAACAUCUGCCACAUUUGCAAGCGGGGAUACUGCCUGAAAACAUUAAGCAAGACAGCUGUCUACAGCAAUGCUGGCGAUUUAUUCCUGGAGAAACACUGGAAGAGUGUCAUAAGCCGCUCCAUCUGCGAUUAUUUUUUCGAAGCACGGGAGAAGGCAGUGGAACCUGACAAUGUGCCUCCUGUCAUCCGCACCCCUCAUCACUAUCUCAUAAACAUCUACCGUGAGAAGAUCUUCUUUGUUUCUGUCAUCCAAACAGAAGUGCCUCCACUCUUUGUAAUAGAAUUUCUGCAUCGAGUCGCAGAGACAUUUCAGGACUAUUUUGGAGAAUGUUCUGAGACCACUAUCAAGGACAAUGUGGUCAUAGUCUAUGAGCUCUUGGAGGAAAUGUUGGAUAACGGCUUCCCCCUCGCUACAGAAUCCAACAUCUUGAAAGAACUCAUCAGACCUCCCACAAUCCUGCGGUCGAUGGUCAACACCAUCACAGGCAGUAGUAAUGUUGGCGAAACACUCCCUACUGGUCAGCUCUCCACUAUCCCAUGGAGAAGAGCAGGUGUGAAAUAUACCAAUAAUGAGGCUUACUUUGAUGUGGUGGAAGAAAUCGAUGCCAUCUUGGAUAAGUCUGGAACUACAGUCUUUGCAGAAAUCCAGGGAGUUAUUGAUGCUUGUGUCAAGCUUUCUGGAAUGCCAGACCUUACUCUCUCAUUUAUGAACCCCAGGCUCCUGGACGACGUGAGUUUUCAUCCGUGCGUCCGUUAUAAGAGAUGGGAAAGUGAAAGAGUUAUCUCCUUCAUUCCCCCCGAUGGAAACUUUCAGCUCAUGUCGUAUCACAUCAGCGCGCAGAACCUUGUAGCAAUCCCGGUAUAUGUGAAGCAGAACAUCAGUUUCUUUGAGACUGGAUCUUCAGGAAGACUGGACAUCACUGUGGGUCCUAAGCAGACCAUGGGAAAGACUUUGGAGUGUUUGGUAGUGACCGUCCACAUGCCCAAAGUGGUUCUCAGUGCCAACCUCAGUGCAACUCAGGGAACCUACAACUAUGACCCCGUCACGAAGAUUUUGGUGUGGGAUAUAGGGAAACUUAACCCCCAGAAGCUUCCCAAUCUGAAAGGAAGCCUAAGUCUGCAGUCUGGAGCUCCUAAACCAGAGGAGAACCCAAGUCUGAACAUUGACCUGAAAAUCCAGCAGUUAGCCAUCUCAGGACUGAAAGUCAAUCGUCUAGACGUGUACGGAGAGAAAUAUAAGCCAUUCAAGGGUGUGAAAUAUGUGAGCAAAGCUGGGAAGUUCCAGGUCAGGACAUGAGGCCAGCUGCAGAGUAUCAAAAGGAUAUGCCAAAAGUUUAUUAGAGGUGCCAUUUUCUAAGUGACAAAUCAUACAGGAUUGCAACCUUGUGCACAAUCUCCCUUAUUUCUUAAAACAUGGCAGUUAACAUUUGUUAUUGUAAUAUUUAUCUUUCUUGUUUUGUGGGAAGUUACUGGCAAUUUGCAAGAAGUGAAAAUCUUUCCACUGGAGAGCAUUUGCUUUGGGAAUCUUUCACUUCAUAUCAACAACAUUCCAUUAAUGUAUUAAAACUGUAUUAUGUUAGAUUUAAGGUACGGUAAAUCUUUGCAAGAAAAACACAUUACAUUAAUCACAAUACUGCUCUAGUCUUUGAUAUUGUCACAAAACAAUACUUGAGAGUUUCUGCACAUAUUCACAGGCCUUAUAUUUUCAUUUAAAUUUAUUUGCCAGUUCAGUGGCCUUUGAAU